AUGAUAAAGCCCGUACCUCCUAGUGAACAUGGAAAAAUUAUAACAUUUAUCAUGAAGAAAGGUUUUCGUAUCGUUCGUAUGAGGAAUGGUAAAAUAAGCAAAGAUUUUGCUUUAGAACUUUAUAAGCAUAUCAGCGGUAGCAACAUGAUGCCUAUUAUUAUAGACUAUGUGACGUCGGGGGAAGUGAUAGGCUUAGAAUUAGUCGCACCGGAUUCUGUUAAAAAAUGGCGUCAAUGUUUAGGAGCUACUGAUCCCGUUGAUGCUGCCCCGGGUACAUUGAGACACAUGUACGGUGAAAAUAAACUGAAAAAUAUUGCACAUGGUUGUGAAACCUUGGAAGAUGCAAACCGAAUGUUAGAUUUAUUUUUCGGUUAUGAAAACGGUAUACCCAGGAUUUCUUUCCGGGCAACUUUAAAGGAUUGCACAUGCUGUAUUAUAAAACCUCACGCCAUUAUUGAUGGUAACGUUGGCUCCAUCCUUGAACAAAUAUCAACAUCUGGAAAAUUCUUUAUUUCGGCUAUGGCAAUGUUCUCUGUAAAUGUUGCAAAUGCAGAAGAGUUUUACGAAAUGUACAAAGGGGUUUUAGCGGAGUAUGAGGCAAUGUGUAUCCAUUUAGCUGAAGGAAAAUGUAUAGCCCUAGAAGUGAAAUGUACGGAUAAGAACUGUUGCGUUGUCAAAGAAUUUAGAAAGUUAUGUGGCCCUAGAGAUCCCGAUUUAUGCAGACAACUAUACCCAAAUUCAAUAAGGGCACAAUAUGGCAAAUCCAUUGUACAUAAUGCAGUUCAUUGCACAGAUCUUCCAGAAGCAGGGAUAUCAGAAGUUGAAUACUUUUUUAAGUUGCUUACUAAUAAUUGA